GGAGACUGUAUUGAUUUGGAUCUUGGAACUGGAAGUGGUGAAAUCCCAGAUAACAGUAUAACCGCCUCCUCUGAGAUAUCAGAAGCCAAGAAUGGACGUUUGAACGAAAUAAAAGCAUGGUGUGCGUCUACAGGAGAUGCAAAACCUUAUUUACAAAUAGACCUGGAAACCAUCCAUAUUGUCUGUGCUGUGUCAACACAAGGAAAUCCAAAUGCAGAUCAGUGGAUAGAGACCUACACAAUCCAGGUAUCAACGGAUGGAACAACCUGGACAAAUUAUAAGGAACAUGGUCAAAAUAAAGUAUGUUUCUACAUUCCUUCCACUUUAUCUAUGCCAACUCUUGUAUAAAAAACAACAACAACAACAAAACCGAUAACAACCACAAACCAAAUAGAGUGAUUUUCGUAUGACCUUGAAAUGAAAACACGCGAACAAAAUAGAAAAAACAAACGAACGGAAAGAGAGCCAUUUGAUUGGUUUAUCGGACGGACAUGACGUGCGUGGCUUUUGGUUGGUUAAGCGAACGCUCGGUUGAGAAAACGUCACCCCGGGAACUUUCUAGAAAGUAAUCGAUAAUUCGCUUUGACGUCAUACUGCAAAACGACUGGCCAAUCGAACAAUGCCUUCUCCAUAUUAGGAUUUUCUUUGGUGGGAAAAAGAAGAGUCCAUGUUUUGAUCAUUUCAUCCAUUGGCUGAUAAAACAAUAACAAAAACUUACCGAAACCAUUUUUCAAGGUCAUACGAAAAUCGCUCUAACAACAAAAACCAAACCAAACCAAAACAAAAAAAAGCAAAAAUAACAAAGACGUAGCCAGCGUAUCAAGACUUUUCCAUUUAUAGGUUUUUGUCCGACGACUAAUUAACUGGCGAGGAAACGCCUUCGAGCCAUCUUAAUACAGUUAUCACUUAAAUUGCAUAUGAAACGAAAUUUUCUCAAACUGAUUUUGGUCCGUCCAUAGAUAAGUUUCAUUAACAAUUGUUAACUUUGAAAAAAAUGUCCAAUUAAAACGUUCUUGAAUUUUGGCCAUCCAGAAAACUGCUUUCCCCCCUUUAGAAAUGUCCCAAAGACUGAGAACAAACCGCUUGCUUCCAAUUCUUGUCAUUGCUUUGUGUUCUGUGGGGAAUUAGGCGAUGUAACUGACUGUAACGAAGGCAUGGGGAAGUAAAUGAAGAUUCUGAAGAUUAUUGGGGCGUUUCCGACAAUGCAAAAUCCUUUGUAUUUGCCUCCUUCUUGUUAAUUAUUCUAUAUUCUUGCACUGAGAAUCAUUGUACGUCACACUUGUCAACUGGUCGCGCGGUAGGGUGCGGACAUUUUUGAAGGCAAAUUGCCUGCUUCGGGGACGGAAGCUUAGAUUUUGCUAAAUCAUUGACCUGUAAAUUCCGGUUACAUAUUUUACACAUAUUGUAGAACGUAAGGACAAUUUGAGUCACAAACACUUAAACUGAAAGCCUUUGACUUUUACAAAACGAGGAACUCUUUCGAAAUGUUAAUGAAAAGUGUUUAUCUGUUACGUUCUAUUGCCUUAGUCAUGAAAAAACUCGAUUAGAAUAACUGGUUAACCAGUUUAACCUAAUGACAAUAAAAACGAUGUUGAUUGCGGUAAUAAUGGCAAUGACAUGAGUAAUCGAAAGGAUAAUGAUAAAAGCACUAUCUGUAAAACUGACAAUUUCAAACUUCCCUGAUUGUUGACGAAAUCCCUAUGGAAAAUAGCCAUGUUGUUCUAAUAAAAACCCUGGGUAAAUGUAUGUGCGUACUAGCUAUUUUCCCUGUUUUGAAAUGUAAUAGAUUGACUGUAUCUAUUUUGACGGUUUAAUAUGGCUGAACUGUUGUAUUGUGAUUAGACUUUCACAGGUAAUAAAGACAGAAAUACAGAGAAUAAAAACAUCUUCUCUGAGGGUGUUUUAGCGAAAAGGCUGAGAUUCGUUGUCCAAACAAGUCACAACAGGUUCUGUCUGAGAACAGAAAUAUACGGAGUAAAACUAAAGCCAGGUAAACGAUUUUUACUUAUAAUUACCCCGGGGGAAGGGAUACCCCUCGGAGUUCUUGGUGAUUUGUGCCUCCCGGCUUUUCCAGUAGGCCCGGAUUCUAUUUCAGAUCAGAAAGGGAAAAAGGUCGACUUCCGGUUGCACUGACGUGCGUCGUUCAAAAAUGCGGAAAUUAAUGAAAUACAAUCGUAAAUGGUUGGAAAUUCGAAAACUUCCGGAAAAUGCGACGAGAGAUCUCAACAUCGUCCCCAGAGUCUUCUCAUUGGAAAACGAGAAGACCCUGGGGUUGAGGGAGAGAUCUUGGUUCCAGACCUCACGCUGACCGCAAAUUUUAAAAUGGCCGCCAAAGAGAAUGAAUACAUGAAGUAAGUUAUCUUUAUUCAGUUAGUCGAAUUUCAGAACUUCCUGUGUUAUUUUCGCUUCUACGCGACCUUCGAAAUUGAGGCCGCUUGGAAGUCGAAUGAUAAAAAGAGAGCUAGAUGUCAGCGUGUAGAGUAGUUUGAUUGAGGCCGGGGAAUCAUUGGUACUACCGAAAGAAUAGAGGGCCCAGUUGUUCGAAGGCCGAUUGGCGCUUAACCAGGGUUUCAUUUUCUUGUGUUCAAAGUAAUUUUCUCGGGUAAUUUUCUCUGUUAUUUUUAGAGGUUCCAAUCAUUAACUUGUUGAUCAAAAAAAUUAAAAAUGAAAUGCUUUUUAAGCUUUCAAAUGUAAAUGCAAAUCUCGUACUAACCGUGGGUUAUCUUAACCCAGCUUUUGAACAACUUUGGCCCAGGGAUACUCAGGUCCACCUUGUUGAGAGGCUUUGAAGAAUGUUUCAUAUAGCAAUAGACGCUUUUGUUAUUUAAUGAUAUGAUGAUAAGUGGCCCUGUGUCUGGAGGUAAAUCUAUUUCCAAAGUGCUGUUUAUCAUCACAAUGGAAUCAUUGUUUUAAUAUCCAUACCUUCUGCCUCUGGUUGAGGACAGAUGGAAUUCUUUAGGGGUAAGUAACAAAAACUGGGGAUUUUUUUAGGGGUAGAGUUAAAAAAAACAAACAAAAACAAAAAAAAAGCAAUAUAUGAAAUAGUUCCAUUGUUUGGGGGUGAAGAUUUAAUUUUCAUGAAAUUCUUCAGAGGUGGAACCGUAAUUUUUUGGGGGGUAGAUUGAGCCAUACUCAUCCAGGGUACACCCAUAUUCUUCAGGGGUAGGAACCAUAUUGUUUGGAAGUCUUCAGGGGCUGAAUGCAAUUUUAUUUAAUUUUUCAGGGUUGAGAAGUAAAGUUAUGUUCUCAACAGUGGGGUGAGGGGGUACGGUUAUUAAACCCAAGAGCCCAUUGUUAAAGAAAAUUUUAAUUCACUUUUUUUUUUUCCCCCAAAUCCUGCCCUUCAUCAUUUUUUCAGCAAGAAAACAAUUGAGCUGCCUUGCUAUGAAGUAUAAGACCUACAUGUCAUACUUGGGACUUACCCUAUGACAGCACACUAAAGAUAUUUGUACCUUGUUAAGUCCUGCUUAAUUCAGCUAAGAAAAUAUAUAAGAAAUCAUCUGGUGGGGUAUGGAGACAAAAAUACCCUUUCUCAUCUAAUUUCUCACACACCCCACUGGUGUCUACCACAGCAUUAAACCCAGCGAGUUAGUCACAGGUAUCUGCCAAACACAACGCUUAGAAUCUACUAACAAUUUGUAUGAGCCUUCACUUUUCUGAUAUAUUGGACUCUGCCUUUUUUACUGUUUGUGGUAUCUGAAACCUUAAAGAUUAUAUAAGAGACACUUGUUCAUGUAUCUCAAGUGAUCUCCCUUUUGUAAAGAAAAGCUUGCUUCUCAUGUUUAAUUAGCCUUCACCGCAGACAAAAGCAAACUCUGGUUAAUUCGUCUCGGAAACAAUUUACGCCAAAAGCCUUGGUCUGGGCCCUCACCUGUGUACCAGGAUUUGAGUACAUGCCAUGAUUGGUCUCUUGUGGAUUUGCCAACAUGGUUGAGAGGAAAUUCGAAACACACUUCUGGCAAUUAAUUCCUUGAGUCCUUUGGUGGCCUACAACAAUGAUCUUGGCGCUGCUUCACAGAUGUUACUAACCGAGGUUAAAUUAAGUCUGAAGUGAAGGCUCAUGUUUCAUUCAAAAAAACAUAUUUAUAUGAGCUUCUUCUCCAUAUAUAACAUGUGUAGAGAACCUAGCUUUUGGAAAGCAGACAGAGCAAAGAAGAACCUACUCUGGUGGCCAUUCAUGGAAGGCAGUGGAUGGAAAGGUUGGCACAAACUUUGAUCCUGGUGAUCAGUGUGCACAUACAGAGGCAGACGACCCCAGUUGGUGGCGGGUAGACCUGGGUUCAGACAACGUGCCAGUCUCUGAGGUUCUCAUAGUCAACAGAUUCUCGCGCUUUGAAGGAAUAAGACAAAGAAAUAAGGACUAUGUAGUAACAUUAGGUCGGUAAUUUGGGUUGUCAUUGUUUUGUUUUGUACACAGAACUGUACCAUUGAUUUAUUUUUACUUUUAAUCAACUACUUAUUUGUUUAUUAUUUUAAUUUUGUCUAUUUUUAUCUUAUUUUAUUUAUUUUUUCUGUUGUAUUUCUCUUUAUUACGGAAAAAAUGCGGCCAAACAAGCGGUAAUAAGAGGUGCAUAAUUGUCAGAAUUACUGUAUUAUAACACAGAAUGUGGAUUUCUGAUUGGCUGUAUUCUUUAUGGCUUGGAUAAAAGAUGUUACUAUUCAUCCAGAAUAUGUUGCCAUUUCUGAAUGGCUUUAACCCCUUGGCUAAUCCUUCAUAACCAGCUGGUACAGAGCAAAUUUGGAAAUUUUAAGCAAUAGAUGUAUUAUAGUCAUGUUCCAUCGAUAUGAUAAAUGUAUUGCCAGCAAUAGACAAUCACAACCUUGUUUGCAGGCGGUUGCUUGACAGCCUACAGUGUAGCUGUUUUGGCAGGAGAAGUCGAGAAAAUGGAUCAUAGCUAUCCGAAGGCAAUAUGGCCAAUUUAACUAAACGGGAAAAUUGCUUGAGUGUGCAGAGAAAUAUAGUUUGAUGGUUGGCAUUUACUUUUUGAGGAACAUCUGCU